CGGACAACUGAGCUCAGCAAACGCAUAUAAAUCGCCGGUUCUCCGCCGCUGCACAUUUUUACUCGGCUUACGGAACACCCAAACAGAGACGACGAGAGUGAGUGGUAAAACUAGCAGUCACAGAGAGAGAGAGAGAAGAGAGAGCUUAGAGGCCUGCAAUUUUGAACUCUGGCGAGUAACGCAGUGAAGAGAAUUGAGAAAUAAGAAGUAGUUAGGGAAGGUUUACAGGCUGAAAAGCUAUUCCUGAUUGUUUGGCGGGAAAAUCUGUGACUGUCACGUUAGUCCUGAUAGUCUCUAACUCACUCCGAUCAUCCGUUACGGGAGAACAAGACUUGGCUUCACCUUCAAUUCGAUCAUGGUGGAGCCGGAGGCUUCGCGCGGCCGAGCCAGUUUCUGGACUCAGGCUGAUGCUCUACUCAGAAAGAACUUAACCUACCAGAAACGGAAUGCCAAGACGAACUGUCGUCUCAUUUCAUUUCCAUUCAUACUAUGCAUUCUCCUUGUUCUUGGUCAGAAUCUGGUUAAUAAGCAGUUAGACAACGAGAAGUACAAGUGUGGCUGUGCAUGCGUUGAUACAAAUGGCGAUGGGAAGUGCGAGGAAGUUUGUGGGUUGCAGUACUCAAAUUCGGAUCAAGCUGCCUCCUGCCCUAUUACAAAUCCCCCAGAAUGGCCUGCCAUUUUACAAGUUCCCGCACCUGAGUAUCGAGCAGUGAAAUCUAGUUUCAUUCCGUUUAGAGACUUGCCAGAUGAGUCUUGCCGGCUCACGGGGAACUGUCCUGCAACUGUGCUUGUCACGGGGAACAAUCAGUCUCUUGGAGAAAGUGUGGCUGGAAACAUGUUCAGCAGUUCUCCCAGAGUCAACUUCUCAACCAUGACAGACCUUUUAGCCAGCUCAGUAAUUGGAUCAGAUACAGAGACUGAAUCCAAUAAUUUUGUUGACCCUGCUUUUAUUGAUGAUUCUCCGCUUUACAAUGUGCAACCUCAGUGUGGAACUAAUUCUUCAUUCUCUCUGAAUCUCAGUUUGCCAAUCAUUGAUUUCCAGAAAGAGGUGCAAUGUGUUCAAGGUCUGCACUUGUGGCGCAAUAGUGCAUCUGAUAUAAAUGAUGAGCUAUACAAAGGUUAUUACAAGGGGAAUCCAGAGGAGAAGAUAAAUGAGAUAACUGCUGCAUAUGAUUUCUUGAACUCUAAUGGGAAUAAUUUUAAUGUGAGCAUCUGGUACAACUCUACGCAUAAGGAUGAGGAUGCUCCUGGUUCAUUCAACUUGCUGCGUGUUCCACGCAUGAUUAAUCUGAGUAAUAUAACCGAUGUUGAAGUAGUACAUCUACAGGUCUCAAAUGCAUAUCUGCAGCUCUUAAAAGGGCCCAGUGCAAGAAUGUCACUUGAGUUUGUCAAAGAAAUGCCGAAACCUGAAACUCACUUCCGGUUGGAUCUCUCAUCUAUUCUGGGCACACUCUUUUUUACAUGGGUCAUUCUACAGCUAUUCCCUGUGAUUUUGACAUCACUGGUAUACGAGAAGCAGCAAAGACUAAGGAUUAUGAUGAAAAUGCAUGGGCUGGGUGAUGGGCCUUAUUGGAUGAUUUCAUAUGCAUACUUCUUCGCAAUAUCAUUGUUGUAUAUGUUGGUUUUCGUGAUAUUUGGUUCAGUGAUAGGUUUGAAGUUCUUUACACUGAACGACUACAGCAUCCAGUUUGUGUUCUACUUCAUCUAUAUCAAUCUUCAAAUCUCUUUGGCAUUUCUAGUCGCAGCGUUCUUCUCAAAUGUAAAAACUGCUACAGUUGUUUCCUACAUAUGCGUUUUUGGAACCGGACUUCUAGGUGGUUUUCUUUAUCAGAACUUCCUUGAGGAUGCAUCAUUUCCACGAGGCUGGCUAAAGGUGCUAGAGUUGUAUCCUGGAUUCUCUCUGUAUCGUGGGCUAUACGAGUUUGCCCAGUAUUCUCUAACAGGGAACAAUACAGGAACUGAUGGGAUGCGCUGGGAAGAUUUGAAUGACAGUGAAAAUGGGAUGAAAGAACUCUUCAUUAUCAUGACUGUGGAGUGGAUUGUGGCACUUUUCGUGGCAUAUUACCUGGACCAAGUGUUGACAUCUGGGAAAAGUCCUUUAUUUUUCUUCAGGAACUUUGGGAAGAAACGCCCUGGAUCUUUCCGUGUGCCUAGUCUGAAAAGACAGGGAUCUAAAGUUUUCGUAAAUCUGGAGAAACCUGAUGUUAUCCAAGAGAGAGAAAAGGUAGAGCAAUUGCUUCUAGAACCAAAUGCAACUCAUGCAAUUGUUUGUGACAACCUCAGAAAGGUGUAUCCAGGGAGAGAUGGAAACCCAGCAAAGUUGGCGGUGAAAGGAUUGUCACUUGCGUUACCUAGAGGGGAGUGCUUCGGUAUGCUUGGUCCAAAUGGAGCAGGAAAGACAUCGUUCAUUAGUAUGAUGAUUGGGCUCACGAAGCCUAGCUCGGGCACAGCAUAUGUUCAAGGUUUGGACAUACGGACCCAGAUGGAUUAUGUUUACACCAACAUUGGGGUGUGCCCCCAGCAUGACCUGCUCUGGGAAACUUUGACGGGAAGGGAGCACCUGUUAUUCUAUGGAAGACUAAAGAAUCUGAAGGGUUCCGCCUUGACAAGAGCAGUAGAAGAUUCUCUUAGAAGCUUAAAUCUUUUUAACGGAGGGGUUGCUGACAAACAAGCUGGGAAGUAUAGUGGAGGCAUGAAGAGGAGGCUCAGUGUCGCCAUAUCACUGAUCGGGGAUCCCAAGGUAUGCCAGAGUCUCCUUUCGCUGUUUUGCAUAAAUGACCCUUUACAUAUUCUUGUUUCCAGUUUGUACAAUAUCAUCAAUCUUGGCAACUGGUGCAAGGUUGUGUAUAUGGAUGAACCGAGCACUGGAUUGGACCCUGCUUCAAGAAGUUGUUUAUGGAAUGUUCUGAAGCGUGCAAAGCAAGACCGAGCCAUUAUUCUCACCACGCACUCGAUGGAAGAAGCUGAGGCUCUUUGUGACCGGUUGGGAAUUUUCGUCGAUGGUGGCUUGCAGUGUAUAGGGAACCCAAAAGAGCUGAAGGCCAGAUAUGGAGAGACAUAUGUGUUCACGAUGACGACGUCAGCAGACCACGAGGAAGCAGUGGGGCAGAUGGUAGGCCGGCUUUCCCCGAGUGCUGAGAGAACGUACCAUUUAUCUGGAACGCAGAAGUUUGAGAUGCCAAAACAGGAAGUGAGAAUUGCAGAUGUGUUCCGGGCAGUUGAGAUUGCCAAAACCGAGUUCCCGGUUUUCGCUUGGGGCAUCUCGGACACUACCUUGGAGGACGUCUUUAUCAAGGUGGCGACUGCUGCUGCUUAGCCAAAGCAACCAUUAGUUGAUUGGUUUUUCUUUUAUCAGCCUAGUUGCUUGAUAGCCAAGUAAUUAUUACCCCAGUUCUGUAUUUAUUCCCUUUCAGUAAUAAAACAGAUUAAUAGAAAGUUUUUGGAUAUAGAUAAUUAAAAGAAUCGAGCCUGAAAAUUAGAACGUACCUAGGUCAUCAUUUUGAAGAUUUAGAAUUUGUGAAUCUUAUAUUAAAGAUUGGCGAAUAAGGGUUUGGUUUAGCAAUACACCAUUUAUUUCAAUAGA